CACCUCCCGCUGGUGAUAAAGGCUGUAGGCUGCCUUAUAGGAAAGACUACAGUGUAAGGUCACAGCACCGCCAGCAACACUUUUAAAAAUGAGCACGGCUCUGAAGCAGCCCCAAAGACACCAGGAUCUCCCGGAAAAGAGGUGGAAGCAUCUAGGGUUUUCGGACAAUGAGUUCCGUGGGUCUUAUGGGAAAUGUAGUCUCGGAUGGAGAGCCUGUACCCCGGGAGCCUGGGAACUCCAGUUGGGCAGUUACUUCCGCACACGCGCAAUGGGGCGGUAGCCAGGCGUCUAAUCAUUCAACCUGGGUUCUAUGUGAGCGUUUCUCCCGGGUCUCUGGACCAUGGAGCUCGGCAAACCGAACUAGGACUUAGAGCCAGAGCUUGGAGCGUGGCGGUGAAAGGCUGACAGGUUUGACUGCUGGGCUAAGGGAAGGGCGGAGAGAAAGACGGGGGGCCGGUUUAUUGGCUUAAACAAACGAAGAUUAAAUUUAACAAACUGCACCUGCGGUGACUGUGUUGGGUUGUGGGUCCUUUCCAAUUCCGGAGCUGUUCAGAGAGAAGCCCAAGGCUCCGACUGCCACUCAGUGGGUGCCUAGGUCCCGGCUGGGUCUGGGGCAGGCUCAGUGUGCGUUGCUGCCUUCGUUGUUAAAGGUCACUGGGUAGGAGUUUGUGCACCAGACUGCACCUUUCUGGUUCCAAGAGCGCCGUUGUCCCUACCAGAGCUUGCUACAGGAAAUGUUAAACUAUCUCAAGGGAUCUGGGAAGGCCCCAGCGGUGCUGGCUGAAAUUUGAAAAGGAUUGCAGCCACAGGGAGACUCCACCCAUAGGAGAUGUUUCAGAGCAGAGACCAGAGAAUCAGAAGGAAUGAGUUCCAGAGAUACCGAGCUUCAGAGACCAGGCUUUUAAUAGCCGUGCAAGAGCUGCAGAAAAUGAUCAACUUCCAGGGAUCAUUGACAUUCCAGGAUGUGGCUGUGGACUUCACCUCAGAGGAGUGGCAGCUGCUUGACUGUGAUCAGAGAACCUUGUAUUGGGAUGUGAUGUUGGAGAACUUUAGAAACCUCGUCUCGUUGGGGGCUCCAGUUACCAAAUCAAAAGCGGUCUUCAAGGUGGAGAAAGGACAAGAGCUGCAGAUGGUGGAGGGAAAGAGCCCACGUUGGAGCCACCUGGAAGCUGACUGCCCAUUUGUUGAUGAAUCAGAGAAGCACCAAGAAAGCAAAGACAAUUUUUUGAAUUCAGUUUUGUUCACAUUCAAUAAAAUUCUGAAUAUGGAGAGACUCCAUGGUUAUAAUAUGAACACACAUCAUAUUGGAAAGAAUUAUAUAAAUGCAAGAAAAAUAUUAUGUAAAUGCAAAUCAUGUGGAAAGAGUUUGCAACCUACUUUAGGCUUACUUAAUUAUAACAGAUAUUAUAAUGGAGAAAACUCUUAUGAAUGCAAAGACUGUGGGAAAGUCUUCAAAAAGAAUUUCCAUUUAAUUAGACAUGAGAAAAAUCACACAAGAAAAAAACCCUUUGAAUGCAAUGACUGUGGGAAAGCCUAUAGCAGGAAGGCACACCUUGCAACUCAUCAGAAAGUUCAUAAUGGAGAGAGACCCUUUGUGUGCAGUGACUGUGGGAAAGCCUUUAUGCAUAAAGCACAGCUCAUGGUGCACCAGAGACUUCACACUGGAGAGAAACCCUAUGAAUGCAGUCAGUGUGGGAAAUCAUUCACAUGGAACUCCUCCUUUACUCAACAUGUGAAAUCUCAUACACUGGAGAAUUCAUUUGAAUGUAAGGAAUGUGGGAAAACCUUCAGGUAUAGUUCAUCCCUUUAUAAACAUUCUAGAUUUCAUACAGGAGAGAAACCGUACCAAUGUAUCGUAUGUGGCAAAGCCUUUGGCAACACAUCUGUGCUUGUUACACAUCAAAGAAUUCACACGGGAGAAAAACCUUAUGGAUGUAUUGAAUGUGGCAAAGCUUUCAUCAAGAAGUCUCAUCUCCUUAGACAUCAGAUAACUCAUACAGGAGAAAAGCCCUAUGAAUGUAGCAAAUGUGGGAAAGCGUUUUCCCAGAAGUCAAAUCUUAUUGUACAUCAAAGAAUUCAUACAUAGUAUUCACUUUAUGAAUAUGAGAAAGCCUUAGAUAUUAAAUAAAUCAUAUUAAAUAGCAGAGAUGUCAUGGUGAAGAGAAAUUGAGGAAUUAUAUAAUGAAUUUGGAAGAAGUAGGUUUCCAUAAAGAGAUAAUCAAUUCCAAUCACAACAUGAUUGUGAUCUUUUACAGAAGAGAUCACAGAAAAUAUUGAAUUGUAAAUAAUAGAGCUUGGAAAGUAAGCAUAAAUUAAGUAAUGAAUCAGUGAAGACUUCAUUUACCAUCCCUGAGUUUUUUAUUUUUAUAACAAAUUUUAUAAUUAUGUGAGUGUGAGAAUAAAAUAUAUUUAUUCAUAAUAUUAAAUAUCUAUUGAAUUUCUGCAGUAAAUAUCACCAUUUCCCCCCCAAUCCUAACAAAACAUGCAAGGGGGGAAAUGUGGUUUAAUAUGCAAUAUGAAAUUCAGUAAUAUUUUUAUUCAUUUGCUGGCACUUUUUUCAAAAUAAUGUUUUUAAAGAUAUUAUUUAUUUUAUUUUUUAGAGAGGGAGAGAAACAUCAAUGUGUGGUUGCCUCUUGUGUACUCCACUACUGGGGACCUGGCCCACAACCCAGGCAUGUGCCCUGACUGGGAAUAGAACCUUUGACCCUUUUGUUUUAGAGUCCAGAGCUCAACCACUGAGUCACAGCAGCCAGGGCCAUUUGCUGGCACUGUUAAUGGGCAUAGUAGUGUGACUGAAUCCCAGAGUCUCCUCUUUAACUACAAAACUUGUUAUAAAGACGUUUUCUUAUGUACACACCAAAACAAAAAUUUAACAAGAUAACAAUUGAUAGGGGGAAACAGUUGUAUUCUGUAUUACAAUAAGCAUUUCAUUGAGGAAAAUAUUUAAGUAUGUAAAUAAAACAUUUCUGGUCAAAUAUUUUUUCAUUGGUGUAUCUACAUGAGAUAUAGCAUAGCUCAAGUCAUAUUUAGCUAUGUUAUCUGUAUUUGAUUUUAGUAAAGUUGGGUGUCAUGAUAGCUUGCAACUUUCCAGCAGCUAGUAUUUAGGUCUAAGAUUAUAUAUAUAUGUAUACAUAAAGUUGAUAUCUCAUAGGAGUAUCCGGAAUUUUCUAUAUGACAGUACAGGCAGCAUUAACCAAGUUUAAAAGAGCAAGUUUUUCUGCAUAUCAACAUUUCUUUGGAAUGUGGCAUUUUGUUAGUACCACAUAUCUCCUUGGAAGGAUGAGCGACCCAUUAUUUAAGCUAAAGUUUUUAUUGUUGUCCACAGUAUUCCUUGGUAAUAUCGAAAACCCUUUAUGCUUUUCCUUGAGUGUUGCAAUAACAGCUUGAACUGAAAUUCAGAAUUCAUACCACUUUCAAGUUUAAGCUUGGUUACAACUAU